AGCAGUGGGCGUGUCCCGUGCUGUCAGGUUCUCCCUCACUAACCUUUGCUGAGGUUCUAGAACGUCAUGGCAGGCAGCAGUAACCCUGGACAGCUCCCAGCGGCCGCCCAGGACUCGGACUCUGACACGGACUCAGAGGGACUGCGGCCGCGGCUGCAUCUGCAGGUCAUCCACAGCGGGCACUUCAUGGUGUCCUCACCGCACAGCCAUGACAAGCAGCUGGCCAAGGGGAACAUUGACCCCACGCUUACCCGGCUGUUUGAGUGCAUGAGCUUGGCAUACAGUGGAAAGCUGGUCUCACCAAAAUGGAAGAAUUUUAAAGGACUAAGGCUAAUGUGGACUGACAAGAUCCGCCUGAACAAUGCAAUUUGGAGAGCUUGGUACAUACAGUACGUAGAGAAAAGAAGGACCCCUGUGUGUGGGUUUGUGACACCCCUUGAUGGCUCAGAAGGAGAUGAUCACCGGAAACCAGAGGCCGUGGUCUUAGAAGGUAACUAUUGGAAGAGACGUAUAGAAGUAGUAAUGAAGGAAUAUAACAAAUGGAGAAUUUACUACAAGAAACGCCUGCGAAAGCUUCAUCAAGAGGGAAAACCAUUUCAGGGACAAAAGGGUGUUCCUUCUUGGAGAAGCGGUGAGGUAUGCACUGGAUGGCAUGGAUUGGACAAUGUCCAUCACAAUGAAGAUGAAAUGUUGUAUGAUCUGGAUUACUUCUUAACCGAUAUCUCUGAUACCCUGUUCACUACAACACACGGCCUUCCACCUGCAUAUACACCUCCAGACUAUGACUACGCUGGUAAUGCAGACAUGAUACAACCAGAACUGGCAACCUUACAGCCUAAUUUGGAUGAUUUCAUGGAUAUAUCAGAUUUCUUUGGUGGUCCUCGACCUAUGGUCUCUCAGCAGGUCCCUCUGUGUUUUCAAGAACAUAAUUGUAUCUCCAACUACAGUGAGGGUUCCAACACCCAACCCCACUCAGCCGUUGCUGGACAUCGGAUUCCACAGAUCCACAGUUCUUAUGGUUCCCGGACGGAUACAUGUUUUUCUACUUCACCUCUGUCUUCUGACUUUGACAGCACUACAGUGCCUUGUGCUUCACCCUGCAAUGCUUCUCCAGGCAAGACAAUACCCCAUUACCCCACACCCAACAACUUCUCCACUGACUCUUUCACCUCUGGAUCCCAGUUAACUCUACAAUGUAUUUCCCAAACACUUUCAGUGCAAGAUCAGGACUUGCUGUUUCCAUCUGUGCCUGGUUCCAAACAUUCUUAUAGCAGUUCUUAUAGUAGUGGGGCUACUGAUACCAGCAUUCUAAACCAGACUACAGCAGUCCCUGUUCAUAGAGACAUUUACCCUGUGUAUCCAGAGACUUUGUCACAUGACGAUUCCUCCCACAUAUUCCCAGUGCCCAAAGCACGAGUGACAAGCCACAAGUCCAAAAGGUCUGAACCUGAAGUCACCACAACCUUGAACCUAAAUGUUAAUCAGCCACAUAUUGCAGCUAAGCCAGAUUCCUCUUCUCAGCCACCAUCCCGGCGAGGAAGUGGGCAUAACACAACGACAGGUGGACGGUCGGACUCUCUCUCCUUUCCAAAUCUUGCCCCUUCUGUGCCAACUCUCAUGCUGCCCACCCCUCAAAGUACACUUCGUUUUCCGUCUUCUGCUAAUUCUCCUCCGAUAUUCCUAAGCCCAGUAUUUUCUGCUCGAAGCAGCUCUUCAGUUCCCACGUCCUCAUCGUUCUCCUGUCCCCCUCUUGUUCCUCCCAAAACAGAGAGACUUUCACCAACUUCAGUCUGUGGCAGUGAUCAAAAUGACUCACUCAGUGUAUCCUGUGCACAGACUCCGAACUCUUGGGGCAGAAAUGAGAGCAAGAAAGUGGAGAGCAGGCGUAUCACACACAUCUCUGCUGAGCAGAAGAGACGGUGUAAUAUUAAGCUGGGUUUUGAUACCCUCCAGAGUCUAGUUACAACUCUUCAUGGACAGCACAACAACAAGCUUAGCAAAGCAACCACCCUGCGUAAGACAGCAGAAUAUAUAUGUAAGCUGCAACAAGAAAGGGCUCAGAUGCUGGAAGAAGCCCAACACUUGCGCUGCCAGAUACAGGAGCUCAGUGACAGCAUCAACCUAUGCCAGCAGCAGCUCCCAGCCUCCGGAGUCCCUGUCACACACCAACGCUUCCAACAUAUGCGUCAAAUGUUCCAGGCCUACGUCAAGACACGAACUUUGCAGAACUGGAAGUUCUGGCUUUUCAGCCUGAUUAUACGGCCUCUAUUUGAGUCAUUUAAUGGGAUGGUUUCCACGGCCAGUGUCAGAGACCUGAGAGAUACCUCCCUUGAAUGGCUGGACCAACACUGCUCCUUACCGGCCCUGAGACCAACUGUGUCAAGUUCACUGUGUCAUCUUAGCACAUCAACGUCCAUUCUUACUGACCCGACCAUUAUGCCUGAUCAAGCUAUGCAAGCAGUGACCAGAGGAGACAAUGGGGACAUCUUCUUCUAGCUAAGCCAAAGAUGCUUACCUCUGGGACUACUGAACAUCUUCAACAAGUGGACUUCUAAUAUGUCUGUAAUGCAGAUAUCAGAACAGUUGCGUGCCUAUAUUUAACUGCUAACACCAAAGAUUAAAUCGGAGAUAACUAUUCAAUAUGUUUGUGAAUAUGUCUGUGGAUUUUAUUAUAAAUUUAUGUUUUAUUGCAACAUCAGAGCCUUAAAUGUGUUCAUUUUAUUAAAACAUCAAUUUGAUUUUA